UCGAAAGAUUGUCAAUUGGGUCCAUUAGUUCCUAAACUAAUCAUUUUUAAGUAAUAUAUUAUUUUAUUGUAAAAAGUUUUCAGGCCUAUUGUUGGCUUGCCAUUUAGAAAUUAUUGUAUUUAACAAACAUUUAGCUAAAAUGUUGUAUAACUUUCGUAAUAUUUUUAAAUUAUCUGCACGAAAUAUUUCGCUAAUAAGUAGAUAUAACAAAAAAUUUGAAAUAACAGACAAUAAUGAAUUUAUAACUAAAGUAAUGAAUAGCAAAUUGCCAGUAAUAGUGAAUUUUCAUGCGGAAUGGUGUGAUCCUUGUAAAAUUUUAACGCCAAAGCUUGAAGAGCUCAUUGGACCUAUGUCCGAUCUCAAUCUUGCUAUAAUAGAUGUUGAAAGAAACCCUGAACUAGUACAUACCUUUGAAGUUAAAGCUGUACCUGCUGUUAUUGCAGUUUCCAAUGGGUUAGUGGUCGAUAAAUUUAUUGGGUUAGUCGAUGCCACGAUGAUAGAUAAUUUAAUAAAAAAAUUGACUAAUACGAUAUCUGAUACAACAGAUCAGAGUUCUUAAAAGUUGCCUCAAUGACUUAGUAACAAUGAUUUUUAUAUGAAUGUAAAUUUCUUAAGUUAUUGUACUAUCAUGAAGAUUGACUGAGUGUUUUUUUUUAUUACUUAUGCCAAUAUAUAUUGAGACUAAAAUUUUAAUUUUCACUCGAAUAUUUCUUGUUAUUUCAUUUAAUGUAAAACCUCUCUCAGACGCUAUGAUUAGAGUUUUCUGUAUAUUUAUAUUUGUA